AUGACACCUAAGAGGCAACCUUCGAUAAGUCAGUUUUUCUCAAGUCAGAAGCCAAAGGGUUCGGACGGUGAGGAUUUAUUAAUGCCAAGUUCUCCAAAGCAAAGAUUUUCUAAUGGUAUAGAAAAGUUUCAAUUUGUCAAAGAUCAACAUACGGUUGAGAACCCAACGUGGCAAUCCCAAAGUGAGGAGGCUCUUCACACUACUGCAUCAGAUACCCCUAUCACAUCACCAUCACCUGCUACACCUGUUAGCUCUUCAAAUUCAAAUAUACUAGAGAGUUUCCAAUAUAGCAAGAACUCCGCAAUCAAUCCACCACGAACCAAACGUGAUGCUCCAAACCUAAUCACCAAAGAAAGCAAGGCCAAAAAAUCCCGCACUACAAAGCUAACUCCAUUGGAGAACCAAAUUUUGGAACUCACUGAGCUCCAUCUUGACAAGAUUCUCCUCAUCCAAGUUGGUUACAAGUAUAAGGUCUUUGGUGAGAAUGCAAGACACGUUUCAAAAUGUUUAAACAUCAUGUAUAUACCAAGCUCGGAUUCUCGCUUUUCAUACUGUUCAUUCCCUGAUACUAGACUACAUAUUAAUUUGCAGCGGAUACUCAAUAGCGGAGUAAAAGUUGGAAUAGUCAAACAGGUGGAGUCAGCAAUUGUCAAAGAGAUUGACAAAGUUGGCAAGAGUGGCGAUGUAAUGAAACGUGAGGUGACCGGAGUGUACACAAAGGGGACUUAUAUGAGUGAUGAAUUUGUUGGCAGUAAUCUUAUACCUAAUUCCGUCGAGGAGGAGCAUAAUAACUACAUUAUCUGUAUAAAUGAAGUGACUGAUCGUGAAUUUGCAGUCGUUGCUGUGCAACCGUUGACGGGUGAGAUCAUUUACGAUGUUUUUACUGAUGAUAUAAGUCGAGAGGAGAUGGAAACUCGUUUGCUAUAUCUUCGACCCAGUGAAGUGAUUGUUAUCAACAAUGACGAUGAAAUAAAUGCAACUACCAUGAAAUGUCUAAAGCUCGUCAACCACGAGCUCAAAAUUGAACACAAGAAAACUGGUCAUGUAGAUUUUAGUGAUUAUCUUAUCCUGGAUAUGGUUGACUACUAUAUGCAAAACUUUCCCUCACUGAUCCAAGAAUGUUUUUAUAAACUUAUUGUGUAUUUGGCAGAAUUCAAAUUGAGUAAUGUUUUCACAAUAUCACAAAAUAUCACCACUUUUAAAGAUGCAAGAAAGUACAUGAUCUUACCUGCUAAUACGCUAACUGCUUUGGAGAUAUUUACUAAUUCGACCGAUCCCAAAUCACCCAGAGGAACUUUGGAGUGGCUCUUGAAUCAUACUAGAACCAGAUUUGGUAGUCGAUUGUUACACAAGUGGAUUUCUAAACCACUAAUUGAUAAGGAAAAAAUUGAGGAGCGGUACGAUGCUGUGCAAGGAUUAGGGCUGGAGUUUAAUCACGUAGUUGAUUCAUUAAUGAAGCAGUUGGAGAAAAUAGGCAAAACUUUGGAUAUGGAGGAACUACUUAUCAAGAUACAUUAUUCAACAUCAACUCAAUCAACAAGAAUCAAUAGAAAGCAGGUGUUUCUUUUGUUGCAAAGUUUGAAUGAUCUUUUGCAAUUGGUGAAGCUGUUCGCCAAGACAAUACGGAGUUCGAGCUUAAACUUGGCCUCUCCAUUGAUUGUGAACAUGUUGAAUGGGUUACUAGAUCUGGCUGAUGCGGGAAUUGUGGAGAACUUUAUCAAUAUGAUGAACCCUUCAUACUUGUUUAAUGAACUGAAAGAUCUAUUUGAGCAAAAAUCGAGCUUUUUUAACCUACAAAAUGGCUAUGACGUUAUUAAUCAUGAGUUUGCUGAAAUUAAGAAUGUGGAACAAUUGCUUGAAGAAGAGUUAGUUAGGGUCAGGCAGUUGUUACAACGACCUCAGCUCAACUACGUCACGAGUAAUCGUGAACCGUACCUCAUUGAAGUAAGAAAUGGGAAAGCUGUUGAUUCAUUGCCGCCUAGCUUCAUCAAAAUUAAUGGAACAGCUACAGUGAGUCGAUUUAGAAACAAGGAGAUUUCCAACUUGUACAAAUUGAAACAAUACCAUGAAGAAAUGUUGGUGCAGAAAUGCGAUGAAGCAUUUGUUGAAUUUUUGCAAAGUUUGGAUUCCCAAUAUGGAUUUUUCCAAAAAAUUGUCAAGCAUUUAGCAACACUAGAUUGUUUACUCUCCAUUACUGCAGCCAGUGUACUCAACAAUCAAGUGAGGCCAACAUUAACUGAUGAUUUGACAAUUGAAGUGGAACAAGCAAGGCAUCCAAUAAUUGACCAGUUGCGAGAUGGGUACGUUGCCAAUAAUAUCAAUAUUCAAUACGACAUCAAUCGAGCAUUGAUUAUAACUGGUCCAAAUAUGGGUGGGAAAUCAUCGUAUGUGAAAAUGGUUGCUUUAUUCACUAUCAUGACUCAAAUUGGGUGUUAUUUACCCUGUAAAUCAGCAAUAAUGGGAAUAUUUGACUCGGUGUUUAUUCGUAUGGGUGCAAGUGAUAAUAUCCUCAAGGGUAAUUCUACAUUUAUGACGGAGAUGUUGGAAUGUAGCAACAUCAUUCAGAGGCUAACUACUAGAUCAUUGGUCAUAUUGGAUGAGAUUGGAAGGGGAACGGGUACAACUGAUGGAAUAGCAUUAGCGUAUGCGAUUUUGAAAUAUUUUAUUGAAUCGGAAUCGAAGCCGUUACUAUUAUUCAUUACUCAUUAUCCAUCUAUACAUAUAUUGGAACAUGAAUAUCCUGGCGAAGUAAUCAAUUAUCAUAUGGGAUUUGAAGAAAUCAACAAAGAAAAUGGUAAGUUCCCCGAAGUCAUUUUUUUGUACGAUUUAUGUCGAGGAGUAGUCAACAACUCUUAUGGGUUAAAUGUGGCAAAAUUGGCAGGUAUUCCUGAACAAGUUAUUACCAAUGCAUAUGAAGUAAGUGAAGAUCUAAAACAUGAAAUUGAACUUGAUGACGAUAUAAAGUUGUUGAAACUGGUCAAUGAAGUGAUACAUGGUGAUGCAGAUACGUCUAAUUUAUUCAAAUAUAUAAAUUAA